AUGCUAGCGGAGAUUAGCAGUUUGUUGGAUAAGAAGUAUGAUAUUAUUGCGAUCGAAUGCGAAGAUUUGAGCUCACCUGCUUUCUUACAAUUGUGCGUUGUUGAUUAUGCGGUGAAGAAGGACGUAAGGGUUAUCUACGUAUCAGCGACAAGAAGUAUGCUAGCCUUUAAAGCAAUGGCAAGCAAAGUUAUGAUACGGUUAUCAGAAAAACUGAAAUUUUUGUCUGUGAGUCGAUUUCUCCUCGAUGACUUUAUUAAGGAUAACGAUGACACAUUGUUUGCAUGUCUUUUAGAGGAUAUCAAUAAACAUGUCGAGAAGGACGAUAAUGAAGUAUUCAUCAUAUUUGACAACUUUACCGUGUUUUGCGAUUUUACUAACACUGCCUCACACAUUCCUGCAUUUAUACGACGUCUGCGACAAUUCAAUAAGAAUUUAGAAAUCAAAUUGGUGAUAACUUUUCAAUCGAAAGACGAAAUUUCGAAUAUUAUUCUCCAUGAAAGUGAUAUUAUUAUAAGGAUAAAACGUAUUGGAAAUGGAUUUGCCAGAGACGUCACGGGGCAGUUGCACGUAAUGGAACGUAGUGGUAAAACGCCGUAUUCAGAAAAUAUUUUCAAUUAUCAUUUGAGCGAUCGGUCCGCACGACUUUUUCUUCCCGGAAUGUCAAGACCGGAAUUAUAA